AGUGGUGCGACUCUUAAUGGAGAUACUCAAUGCAUUCAAAUCGAAAUUACGGAGGAUGAUAUCUACGAGGAAGACGAAGUGUUCAUUUUCCAAAUUAGUUCUGUAAUGCCAUCGUCUGCUGCUGUGAUUGGUUCACCUAUGCAAGUCACAAAGACAAUCCAGGACAAUGGUGAUGCUGAGGUUGAGUUUGUGAUGACUGAAUAUUCAAUCAAUGAAGAGGCAGGAAGCAUUGGUAUCUGUGUGAACUCUGGUGUGACUCAAGGAUUUGAAACUGAUCUGGUCGUUGGUUUCAUGGCAACUGACGGCAAAGCUACUGUACUGGAUGACACGGAAUUUAGCAGUGUUCUCUUUUCGUUGACGUUUCCGGAUACUUCG